AAAUCCACAAGCCAUCACCCAAGAGCUCGAGAGGAUUCUCAUUACCCAGCCCCAUUUUCGACCCGGGUCGAUAAAAAUGGGUGUGCAAGACAAAGACCCACUAGCUCAAUUGAACCUGCCCCCGGGUUUCCGGUUCUACCCAACCGACGAGGAACUUCUGGUUCAGUACCUCUGCCGGAAAGUCGCCGGCCACCCGUUCUCGCUGCAGAUCAUCGGAGAGAUUGAUCUCUACAAGUACGAUCCAUGGGUUUUGCCAGAGAAGGCUAUGUUUGGGGAGAAAGAGUGGUACUUCUUCAGCCCCAGGGACAGGAAGUACCCGAACGGGUCGCGGCCCAACCGGGUGGCCGGGUCCGGUUACUGGAAGGCAACCGGUACCGACAAAGUGAUCACGACCGAAGGGCGUAAAGCCGGUAUCAAGAAGGCUCUGGUUUUCUACGUCGGGAAGGCUCCGAAAGGGACCAAGACCAAUUGGAUCAUGCACGAGUACCGCCUCCUCGAUUCCACCCGCAAGCACGGCAGCACAAAGUUGGACGAUUGGGUUCUGUGCCGGAUAUACAAGAAAAACUCGGGCGGGCAGAAACCGAUGCCCGGUCUAUCGACCCAAGAGCAGAGCAACAACGGUUCCUCCUCGUCGUCCUCGUCCCACUACGACGACGUACUCGACUCCUUGCCGGAGAUGGACGAGCGUUUCGUUGCUAAACCAAUGUCCCAAGAAGACAGGAAGCUGAGCUUGAGCAAAUUGGGUUCGGGCAGCUUCGACUGGGCCAGUCUUCUCGGGUUCAACCCUGCACCCGAACAGAGCGCGAACCAAACCCAACAACAAAUUACAAUCAACCCCAACACCGCCGGUCCGAACGACUUCUACGUCCCUUCCAUCUCGCAAGGCACAGCGAACGCAGCUAAUUUCGACGUGGAUUUAUCCAACACGCUGAAGAUGAACGGCAGGGCCGCCGCCAUGGAAGAAGAGGUUCAGAGCGGGGUCAGAAGGCAGAGUCAGAACCAGAGCCAGAAAGUGGACAGCUCGAGCUUCUUCCACCAAAACAAUGGCUUCUCGAUGACCCAAAAUUUCAUGUCAUCGAACCCGUUAUUAAACCCGUACGGGUUCCGCUACCCGGCCAAACCGGCCACCGGAUUUGGAUUCAACCACUGAAAAAAUGUGAUUGAUGGGGAUAUGUAAAUAAAACUAGGAUUCUUUGGGUCUAACCUUUGGGAUUUGGCUUUUUUUUACGACGAAUAGAACAAGGAAUUAGAUUUGAAUUCGAUGUAGAAACAAUCAAAAUCCCUUGUUGUAACAAUCCAUUAGUUAGUAGCUGGUACUUGAUCUCGAUUGAUCACAUCAAUCCAUCUGGAUUUGAUAGCGAAUUGUAGGUUUUGAUCUUCUGGGGACUCCAAAAGUUAAGACUUGUGGGCUGUGGCUGUUUCUGUACUCUGUAGUCGCUUUGUCAUAUUUGGUAGCGAUUGAUUUGCCAAUUUGUCAUCCCCCCUCCUACCUUUUCAUCUUCGCAUGCCGAACAAAUAAUUGCGGCCGUAAGCUUGGAUUCAAUGAACCAAAAAACAGGGGAAGGGACAAAAAAGGGUAGCAAGAUACAUACAAAGGGAAAAUCAAACUUGUGUUUACACAUUCAUGAACCAAAUUACGGGGCCGGUCUAGCUAAGCUAGAGAUAACGUUACGGGUGCCAGGCUUGGCCGAGACUCUGCAAAAUCUCAGGAGGGAUGACAUAGCUUGGAUCCUUGAUUCCUUGGACCUCCGACAGCAGGACCAUGAGCUGCAGGGUCCUCCAGGCCCGGGUGACCAAUUCGACGGGCCAUCGUAGCGGGUUCCAGCCCACCAGCUUCAGCAGCUCCGCCACUAGCAUGGUGGAGAGAAAUCUAUACGGACGAGAAGCAAAACCUGGGAGUGGUUUGAGCUUUACUUUUGGUGUUCUUUGUGGGUUUCUUAUAGUAAUGUGAACUGGUGGAACAGGGGAUUCUCUGUUUCGGCACGUUUCUCUCCGCUUGCUGGCUGCUAAUUUAUGGG